CAUCAGCGGGCGGAAUGCUGUCAGAUGGUGCGCGCGUGGAGGUCGCGCAGUCUACGUCCGCGGCCCAAACAUGUCAGUUCUGUGCCCCACUCUCCUGCUGUGCGUCUACGGCUUCUUCUCCAACAUGCGUCCGUCGGAGCCGUUCCUCACCGCCUACCUGAUGGAACCGGACAAGAACCUGACGGAGACCCAGGUUGUCAAUCAAAUCUACCCCGUGUGGACGUACUCCUACCUGGUGUUGCUGUUCCCCGUCUUUCUGGCCACAGACUUCCUCCGUUAUAAGCCUGUGCUGGUCCUGCAGGCCACCAGCCUGGUAGUGACCUACGUGAUGCUGCUCAAGGCGCAGGGGCUGCUCGCCAUGCAGCUCCUGGAGUUUUUCUUCGGCCUGGCCACGGCGUCGGAGGUGGCCUACUACUCCUACAUCUACAGCGUCGUGGAUUCAUCACACUACCAGAGGGUGACGAGUUACUGCCGCAGCGUCACGCUUUUUGGAUCAGCCCUUGGAUGUCUGAUGGGUCAGCUCCUGCUUUCUGUGGCCAAAGUCCAGCUGGUCCACCUGGUCAUCAUCACUCUGGCAUCGGCCGCCGUGGCCUUUGUUGCUCCCUGGUUCCUACCCAUGCCCAAGAGGAGCUUGUUCUUCCACAAUAGUCGAGGUGCAGUGGGUGCGAGGCGGCACAGCAGCACCUCCUAUGUGGAGAAGGCGGAUGAGUCUGAGAGCAAAGUUCCUCUGAACAGCUCAGGCUUUUCUACAACAUCGAGGUCGCCUGAGACGGAAAGUGGUACACGUAGUCUUAUGGAGGUGUUGCGGCUGCUGUUUGAUGACUUCAAGAAGUGCUACCGGUGUCGCCCCCUGCUGGCCUGGUCGCUGUGGUGGGCUCUGGCCACCUGCGGCUACCUGCAGAUUGUCAACUACGCUCAACCUCUGUGGGAGAAGGUCCGUCCUUCCCAGGACUAUGAAAUCUACAAUGGUUACGUAGAGACUCUGUCCACGCUGCUAGGAGCUCUGGCCGCUCUGCUGGUGGGGUACCUGCCUGUGUCCUGGGCUUUGUGGGGGGAGCUGGCGCUUUUUGUCUUCUCACUGCUCAUGGCUGUGUGUGUGUUUGUCAUGGGCACACUGAACAAUAUCUGGCUGUGUUACAGCUCAUACAUCCUCUUUAGAGCCAUCUACAUGCUGCUCAUCACUGUGGCAACAUAUCAGAUUGCAGCCAAUCUGGACGUGCAGCGUUAUGCCUUGGUGUUUGGAGUGAACACUUUUGUGGCUCUGCUGCCUCAGAGUCUGCUCACUCUGGUGGUGGUGGACUCAGCAGGCCUCGGCCUCGAUGUCUUCACUCAGUUCUUCAUCUACAGCGGGUACUUUGCUUUCAUUUCCGUGGUCUUCCUCAUCGCUGGACUUUGGAAUCUGGCCUCUAGGAGGCGCUCUGAGGCCCUGGUCAACAACCCAUCUGAAUCGUCACACUCUCCUCCGAUCACUGAUAGCACGUAGUGAUAUUCAUUAGCUCCUCACACUAAAGGUGAGUGAGCACAGUGAGCUUCACAUGGUUUGCUUAUUCUGUAGAAUAAAUGUUAUACAGUAGAAGGUAUGCUUCAGACUCAGCAGGGAGCUACGUUUCAUAAGCAUAUUUUUCCCCAUUAUUGGGGACUGAAGACACAUUAUAUCAUUAUUACACCUAAUGUGUUUGACCUAAGCUGCAACUGGAAGGCUUCUCAAACCGAUGUGUUAAAAUCAUCUUCCGAAGACUUUUUUUCUUUUUACAACAGAAAGCACUUAAGAAGAACAUUCUUUAAACAAAACCCUGUGUUCACUGCGUCCACAACAGUGAAAAGAGGUUGAAAGGCUACUUCUAAAUGUAGAGUUGGGUCAUGGUUUAUUGUAGGUUCAAAUGUCCCUAAAUAUUCUAGCUUAAAAAAGUAAAUCUUCUCAUCUGUAAAAAUCAGUGUUUUGUUUAAACACUAUUUUAAAUGUGGUGACAUGAUGCCCUAAAUCUGCAGAAUCAGAUAUUUGUCUACCUGUCAUAAGUAAAUCACCAUGUGGCUUGAAGCAAGUGGGCUGGUGAGGCGUUUAGGUACUGUAGGUCAUCUGUUACUCGCUGUUCUCUAAAGACAGUCGGCCACUAGGCGAUGAUUCGUCUGUGGGCCUGUAUACAGUAGACAUUAGACAACAUUUUCCAGUCUUUAUAGCCAUUUACAAAUAUAAGAAUAAGGACAUUGUGUGAAUGUGCCCAAACUCAAGUGUUAUACACUACUGUACCAUUAAAGACACUGUACAAUAAACGAUCAACUUAAUAUGUAAAGAGCAGCACUGACUGGCCACGUUUUGGUGACCAGAGUUAAAUGGAUUUAUGUGACGCACAAUGUUACAAAUGGUCAGGAAUUCACUUCUGUCCAUUUACCCGCUAACUGAAGUUGAUGCCUUAAGCUUUGUGUGAAGUAAAUGCAGAGAAUGGCAGCUCAUUAGUGCCACUACUUCUGUGUUACUUUACUUUUACUAUUUCCUCCUGUGUGUACUGUAAUUGCUCUGCUGUUUCCUCAUGCAUUUGUUUAUGUGUUAGCAAUUCAUUAAUAAUGAAUAAUUGUGUCAGGAACAAGUGCCUAAAAGGGUCUGAAUACCUUUCUUAAAGUACUGAAGAAUGAGUUGUCAAAUCUCAAGCAAAGAACCAAACCAAAUAUCAAAACUGUAUGAAAUAACCCCUGGGUUUAUUCUAUACGCCUGCUGGUUGUAGAAUCUAUAGUUUUAGUAGGCUGAGUAAUUUCCUAUAACAGCUGCUCACUGACAUUUUUAACAGCCUUUACACCAAAUGAAAAGUAAUGCAUUAAUGCAUUAAGUUCAGUAUUUUUAGUGGUGGAUUCUUUUUUCAUGACGUGUUUUUUUUUAUUAGUUGCAGGACAACAGUGUAGAUCGAUGGCAGCAGAAAAGCUUUGAUUAUGCACACACUGCUGGAUUGUGAGGUCACAUUACUUGUGAUAGUCAUUUAAGUGUAGAAGUAGUGAGAAUUAUUGUUUUUUAUAAACCGAUCUUUUUUUGAAGGAAUUAAAAAAUAAUAGAUACACUAUGUAGCUGCAGUGAAAAACCUUAAACUAAUGUUCGUCUUUUUUUUUAUCAACCAAAUAUUAUAAAUAUACAGAACUUUUACUUCUCAACAUUAAUCCAUGUACUGUACAUGUUUCUGUAUUCAGGUAGGAACUGUGGCAGGUUCUGGUUUUAUUAGUGUCAUAAAGUUCACAUGUCCGUGUUUUGAAAUAAAGUUAAUGUUAAAGAUU